AUGCCCACAGUCCUGGGUACUCAGUGCACACCCACAGUCCCGGGUACUCGGUUCACACCCACAGUCCCGGGUGCUCAGUGCACACCCACAGUCCCAGGUACUCAGUGCACACCCACAGUCCUGGGUGCUCGGUUCACGCCCACAGUCCUGGGUACUCAGUGCACACCCACAGUUCUGGGUGCUUGGUGCAUACCCACAGUCCUGGGUGCUCAGUUCACGCCCACAGUCCUGGGUGCUCGGUUCACGCCCACAGUCCUGGGUACUCAGUGCACACCCACAGUUCUGGGUACUCAGUGCACACCCACAGUCCCGGGUACUCAGUGCACACCCACAGUCCCGGGUACUCAGUGCACACCCGCAGUCCCAGGUACUCAGUGCACACCCGCAGUCCCGGGUACUCAGUGCACACCCGCAGUCCCGGGUGCUCGGUUCACACCCACAGUCCUGGGUACUCAGUGCAUACCCACAGCCCUGGGUGCUCGGUUCACGCCCACAGUCCUGGGUACUCGGUUCACACCCACAGUCCUGGGUGCUCGGUUCACGCCCACAGUCCUGGGUACUCAGUGCAUACCCACAGUCCUGGGUACUCGGUUCACACCCACAGUCCUGGGUACUCGGUUCACACCCACAGUCCUGGGUGCUCAGUGCACACCCACAGUCCUGGGUACUCAGUGCACACCCGCAGUCCUGGGUACUCAGUGCAUACCCACAGUCCUGGGUGCUUGGUGCAUACCCACAGUCCUGGGUACUCAGUGCAUACCCACAGUCCUGGGUACUCAGUGCACACCCACAGUCCUGGGUGCUCGGUUCACGCCCACAGUCCUGGGUACUCAGUGCACACCCACAGUUCUGGGUGCUUGGUGCAUACCCACAGUCCUGGGUGCUCAGUUCACGCCCACAGUCCUGGGUACUCAGUGCAUACCCACAGUCCUGGGUACUCAGUUCACGCCCACAGUCCUGGGUGCUCGGUGCACACCCGCAGUCCUGGGUACUCAGUGCACACCCACAGUUCUGGAUACUCAGUGCACACCCACAAUCCCGGGUACUCAGUGCACACCCACAGUCCUGGGUACUCAGUGCAUACCCGCAGUCCUGGGUGCUCGGUUCACGCCCACAGUCCUGGGUGCUCGGUUCAUGCCCACAGUCCUGGGUACUCAGUGCAUACCCACAGUCCUGGGUACUCAGUGCACACCCACAGUCCUGGGUACUCAGUGCACACCCACAGUCCUGGGUACUCAGUGCACACCCGCAGUCCUGGGUGCUCGGUUCACGCCCACAGUCCUGGGUACUCAGUUCACACCCACAGUCCUGGGUGCUUGGUUCACGCCUACAGUCUGA